CCUGUGCCAUCGCUGGUCUCUGGAACUGUGUCACCAUCAACCCCCUGAACAUCGCAGCUGGUGUGUGGAUGAUGCUCAACGCCUUCGUCCUGUUCCUGUGCGAAGCCCCUUUCUGCUGCCAGUUCAUCGAGUUUGCGAAUGCCGUCUCCGCGAGGGCGGACAAGCUGCGGCCCUGGCAGAAAGCUGCUUUCUACUGCGGGAUGGCUGUGUUCCCGGUCAUGCUUAGCCUGACACUGACCACGCUCUUUGGAAAUGCCAUUGCGUUUGCCACUGGAGUGCUUUAUGGCCUGUCGGCGCUCGGCAAAAAGGGAGAUGCCAUUUCCUAUGCCCGGAUCCACCAGCAGCAGAAGCAAAUGGAUGAAGAGAAGCUCACGGGGACCCUAGAGGGACAGGCUCUCUGA